GUGCCUCGACCACGGCAGCGGCCGUCGAGCGCUCCGGGCCUCAGGACCUCUGCUAGCUUCACCGCGGAAAAGCGAAGCUCCGCGGAACCUUUGCGGCAACCGGGCCCAGAGGUUACUCGGCCAUCGAGUGCGCACGGGCCAACAUCGGGAACAAGGAAUUCACACAAGCCUCCGCCGCACACGCCGUCGGCCAAUCUGUCGCCCUCCUGGGUGCAACGAUGGAAGACUUG